AUGCGGUCCAUGAAUUUGCCCAUGGGCAACAUCGACCCUCGGGUGAUGAUACAAUCUGAUCCUUCAGUAGAUGCCUUAUUUUCUCCUUCGUUUGCAUCGGUCCUCGCUUUCGAUGAGCCGGAUGAACAAGGGUUUCAAGAUCUCCCAGCACUCGACGAAGAAUACCAUUGCGAGCACAACAUGGAUUGGCAAGGCCAACCUGCACCCAGCAGCACCCGUGAAUCGUCUCUUCAACAGGGCAGUGUCAAGCGAUCUCCAUACCCCCGACUUGAGUUGGAUGUUGCCAUGGACAGAUAUCAUGCUCUUGAUGGACCUGCAGAACUAUUGAUCCCACAUAAUACUCCCGAGUCAGCACAUGGCAGUCCCAGAGAAGAACGUCGAGGUCACAAAGCCGAGAACCUACGUACACACUCUGCUCCACAGCCACCUGUACUGACACUCGAUUGGCUUGAAGAUAGACGCCAGGCAAAGAGACACCGUCUCUUCAUCUCAGAUGAAUCGCGUUCUCCUUCACCAAAUAUGCAAGGAGGUGCCUACUUUCCAAACGUGAAUUUCACUUCCAUUGAAGACUUUGGUGAAACUGUAGCUACGAGGUGCGUUCGGUUCUCUCCACCGGAGUCCCCUCGUUCAGGUUCACGCCCUCUCCCCUCCGUGGAGCGAAAGCAGGACUAUAUCUCUCAUUACCGACAGCAGAAGCAGCAUGAGAAGUGGAAAGUGGCUCGGCGGGCCUCUCCGCGUCGCAGCCCCGCCAAAGUGCAACUAUCGACCGGCUUGGAUGCUAAACCGGAAGUUCGCUUUUCUGGUCUCUCUAGGAUGAUCUUUCGGCAGGAUGAUCUUGCAACUUCUCCCAAGAGCAAACAUCGGGUGCAGGCCGCAAAGACAUCCCAGUCCAUACUGAGAGACAUACAUGAAGAAGCUUUGCCACGAGAACGAGUCCCUGCCGUUAUUGCUCUCAACUUCGGGUUAUACCGACCUCGAGACCCCGGACCUAUCACAAGCGUUUCAAAGUGGGCGUUGAUGCGAGUUCGAAUGAGCCAUGGGCUUGUGCCAGUCCACAGCUUGUUUGGGGAACCACAAGGUCCGAAACAAAUUGUAUGCCCCCUACCAUCAGAGGAUUUGCUCUUGCAUUUCAUUAUCGUUUUGCCAUAUCUUGUUGUGCGCAUUCCUCUUACUGCACUCGCGAAAGCAGGGCGAUUUCCAACAUCACGAGCAAGCCUCACAACUCUUGAUAUUUUCAGAAUCAUCUGGGCUCUUACGUUUGCACUCGUCACUUUCGUAUUCCAUCAACUGUGGAGCUUGAAACCCGGCCCCAGUGUGAAAGCCGAGACCCAGCACCACGAGAAAGCUCGCCGACUUUGA